CCCCACCACAGCAACCUCCUACACCCCGGAGAUCCAGACUUCUUCUCCUACAAACCUGACCUGGGAACCCAACAACACAACAAGAAGCCCAACGCAGACAGAACCCGACCGAGAGAGCUGGACCUGGUGUUCAUCGUCAGGUUGCACGGCCGUACCUUCUUCCACCAAUCUUGUCACCCACCCUUUCUCCUCCUCUUUUUUUUCACUUGUUCCGCUCGCACAAACACGAGCUGUCCCUAAUCUCACUUCCGACCUCGUCAUUGUCCGAAGCUUAGCUUCCCUGCCCCCCCCCCCCUUCCCCCCUUUUCCUCCUCCGCUUCUGCCUGAACCGCUACAUAGCAUUAGAUUCACACCACCAUGGCCGAGGAGAUUGCCCCCGAGUACGACGUGAUUGUGCUGGGCACGGGGCUGACCGAGUGCAUCCUCUCGGGUGUCCUCAGUGUCAAGGGGAAGAAGGUGCUGCACAUUGACCGCAACGACCACUACGGCGGCGAGUCGGCGUCCCUCAACAUUGAAGCGCUCUUCAAGAAGUAUGGCAACUAUGCUCCGGGCACCGAGCCCUGGAAGCAGUACGGCCGCCUGAACGACUGGAACAUCGACCUGGUGCCCAAGUUCCUCAUGUCCUCGGGCGAGCUCACCAAUAUCCUCGUCUCCACCGACGUCACCCGCUACCUCGAGUUCAAGCUGGUCGCCGGCAGCUAUGUCCAGCAGGGCUCCGGGUCCAAGGCCACCGUCGCCAAGGUGCCCUCGGACGCCGCCGAGGCCCUCCGCUCCCCCUUGAUGGGCCUCUUUGAGAAGCGCCGCAUGAAGAGCUUCAUCGAGUGGAUUGGCCAGUUCGACCCCAAGGACCCGGCCACGCACAAGGGGCUCGACAUGAGCUCGUGCACCAUGAAGGACGUCUACGACAAGUUCGGGCUGGAGCCCCCCACCAAGGACUUCAUCGGCCACGCCAUGGCCCUCUACCAGACCGACGCCUAUCUGGACGUCAAGGGCGGCGCCCCCGAAGCCAUCGAGCGCCUGCGCCUGUACGGCAACAGCAUGGCACGCUACGGCAAGUCGCCCUACAUUUACCCGCUGUACGGCCUCGGCGAGCUUCCCCAGGGCUUCGCCCGCCUGAGCGCCAUCUACGGCGGCACUUACAUGCUCAACACGAGCGUCGACGAGAUUGUCUACGAGGGCGAAAAGGCCGUCGGCAUCAAGGCCACUAUGCGCGGCAUUGAGCCCGAGAUGAAGUUCGAGACCAAGGCCAAGGCCAUCAUCGGCGAUCCCAGCUACUUCCCCGGCAAGGUCCGCGUCGUCGGCCACGUCCUGCGCGCCAUCUGCAUCCUGAAGCACCCGAUUGCCAGCACCAACGACAGCGACUCGUGCCAGAUCAUCAUCCCGCAGUCCCAGGUGGGCCGGAAGAAUGACAUCUAUAUCGCCUGCGUCUCUUCCGCCCACAAUGUCUGCCCCAAGGGGUAUUGGAUCGCCAUCGUCUCCACCAUCGCCGAGACGUCGGCAAACCACCACCUCGAGCUGGCCCCCGGCAUCGAGCGCCUCGGCAGGAUCGAGGAGCAGUUCAUGGGCCCACCCAUCCCGCUCUACGAGCCCAUCGAGGACGGCACCAAGGACCACAUCUACAUCUCCAAGAGCUACGACGCCAGCAGCCACUUCGAGACCGCCACCGACGAUGUCCGGGACAUUUACCGCCGCCUGGCUGGCGAGGAGCUCGUCGUGCAGGGGCUCCGGGAGGGUAUCCAGGUUGCUGCCGAGUAGCAGGAGGGAGCACGCGGGACGGAACGGAAAGGUAUAUUAAGCAUAAUAACCAUGAAUACAAGCGAGUGAACCAAUUCUCUGUCUUGUGUGGCAUUUCUCCUUGCAUCACCGUAAGGGGCGGCGGGCAGUUACGAGAGACGUGGCAGACCGAUGAUGGUAUGUGGAGGGAGGACUCGUGGAUCUGAUCCAACGUCUGAAGACUGUAUUCCUCCGCGACAGGUCAAGAGAUGAGCAAGCUCGAAAAGUCAGACAUGGGUCUGGAACUGAACCAACCCGCCUAGAUCCACCG